CAGCAAUUCUGCCGAAACAUAUUUUGUUCUUCAAUUGAAGCGUAAAACUGGCCGCAAUCCCAGUUUAGAGAUGUAAGACGGAAUCACAUGUGCUUCUGUUUACCUUUGUCGGCAAUUUUUAUUAUGCAGUUCGAGAGAAAAAUGUUGUUUAGGUAAAGUUCCAACAUGUUUUUCGUUUCUCGUGUACUAGUGAGGAGAAUAAAUCAAUUGUCCAUCCUACGUUUUGCAUCAGACGCAGUAGCAGAUAGUCAAGUUGGAUUUGGCACUUCGAAUUCAGAACACACGCUUCAGAAUGCCUACGAUUCUACACGGUCACCGUUGGAGCCUGUCUCGGAAGGCAAUGCCGCAAUUGAAGUAUAUCCAAACAUUCGACCAGCAUUCAACUUUGCUGCGUACGUGAAUAAAUCUGAACCUUUGCAACAACUGGUUCGACUUGGCGUUGAUCUCCAUAAGUUGGAGAAACGCAAAGGAAUACCGCAAUUUAUAUUGAGGCUCGACUUCGAACGGGAUAUGAAACAACAUCUGAGAUGUCUCACCGAUGUUGGCGUUGCUACAGAAGCCCUCGGAGAGUUUAUUACCAAAAAUCCAUUGAUAUUUAAAGAGGAUAUUGGUAAUAUGGAAGUUCGCAUAAACUAUUUGCAAUCGAAACAAUUCCUACCGGAGCAAAUCGCAAGAAUUAUUUACAAAAAUCCGUUUUGGCUAAUGAUUAGUACUAAACGAAUAGACAGGCGACUGGGGUUCUUCCAAAAAACUUUCGAACUGAGUGGUAACGAUGUACGGUUGCUCACGGCUAAACAGCCUAGGCUUAUUACGUACAAUCUGGAACACGUUCGGAAGAAUACUUUUGCAAUCAAGGAAGAACUGGGUUUCGAAAAAGAAGAAAUGAAACAGUUGCUGUUGAGUAAACCUAAACUUUGGAUGAUAAAUGAAGAUAAACUCAUGCACCGGUUCGAGUACGUGCAUCGUAAAAUGCAACUAACAAACGCUGAAAUACUUAGAACUCCGGAAAUUCUGCUAGCACGUGAUCACAGGAUAAAGCAGCGUCACGGGUUCUUACAGUUUCUUGGAAAAGCCCAGUAUAAUCCGCGGAAAGAAUUGUAUGUUUCGCCCAAAACAUUGGUGGAAGGUACCGACCAAGACUUUGUCAUUGAGGUUGCUAAAUCGGAUAUGAUGAGCUUUAACAAUUACUUAAAAACACUUUAACUUAUCACAUUAAGAAUUAAAGAUAUAUUGAGAGCCAAAGAUAGUCAGAUCUACUUGAAACAUGUGAAACCACAACUACUUUGUACAUUAGCUAAGCUUGCCUAGUUCAAUUUUUCGUUUUAAUGCAUGAAUUGAGGUAAACAGUAAGGAAUCAAUUAUUCCUGCGACAGUAUAUAUUCCUCCGACAAUUGCGCACAAAUUUGUUGCGAAGUGACUGAAUGAACUACAAUAAACAGAGGACCUUAGUAUGGCAAGCAAAAGUUCAGAUAUGUAUCAACAACUAAUACCUACCUUCUCUUCUCCGUAAAUCUGACCAUAAGGGGAGAAAGCUCAUAAUUCACAAAAAUUCCUGGCAUUCCUGUUUCGCCGCUUGCUAAGGAUACACUUUUCUGGUGCUUUGUUACAGAAAAUUGAUUGGUGUAUAGUUUAGGUCCAUUAAUGGGAACAAACUCGGUUGGAACUAUUUUUAUGUAGUACUGAAACAUCAUGGCACCUACAAAGAGAAAAGAAUAAGUUAAAUGAAUUCCAGCAUGGUCAUUAUGGUUGAAUGUCAUUUAAAUAAAAUACUAAUGCAUUUCGAGUAGGCCUAUGAAAAGACGCCAUCUUUUCGUGACCGAAAAAUAACAAGCAACACUAUGGAACCACGGUGGGUUCGCAAUGGAAAUGGAACCGAAAAAAUGUCACAUAAAACCCAGUGCAAAAGCAUAGGCGCGUCUAAGGCCUGAUUUCGAGUCAUUCUGCAAUUUAUAUGUUGGUAAUUCUUUUUAUCACCUACCUUAUUCUCGUCAAUAAAAACUUAUUUUUUA